GUUUGAUCAAACACCGUUGUCUGGACGACUUAAGUUGUGUCGAUAUUUAUUCUCUAGCUAUAAAUCCAAAACAUGGCUGAUCCUCUCUUGUCAAUUCAUCAGGAAAGUAAUCUUUCUGUCCUAAACAGAAAAAUCAUUGAAAUUAAAAAGAAAAUACAACUCUCAGAGGGACAAAGGAAGGCUAACUUUGAAGAGUGCGAUGCAAAAAUACGUGAGAGUACAGAUAAAAUUACAAAUCUCAAGAAAGAUAUCAAAAGCUUGCAACAUAAGUACUCUAGAAUUAAAAACAAUGAAGAUGUUGCCGAAAAGAUAGCCCCAACAAGUAGAGAAUCAUCAGCCUGCAUCAAAAAAGGUGGCAUUAAAGAAGCAAUAUCAAGAGUUGAUGAAGAUAAUAUUCGGUUACGAAAAAAGCUAGAUCUUAUCAAAUAUAAGAGCGUUAAACAACAAGAAAUACUUACUCAGCUUCUUAAAGAAUAUACAGAGUUGAUGGAUGGAAGAGCACAAAAAUUGAUGGAGAAGAAGCUCGAACAUCCUCUAAAAAAGAAAAUUGUAAGUUUAGAGAAUCAAUUACAUCGUGUGAGUGUAAUGCAAAUGGAAGCUGAUACUGUUAGAAAAAAAUAUAGGUCUGUGAGAGCUACGUUAAAAUCAGAUGCAGCAUUUUAUGUAUCUUCAUUACAAAAGUUAGAACAAAGUGUAAAAGAACAGGAUGCAGAAAUUAAACAAUUACAACAAGUCAAAGAGGAAGCUGUCGGAUUACGAGAUAUAACAAAGGAGACUUUGAUGCAUCAGCAAAUUGAGGCAAUGAAUAAAAGCAAAGAACGUGACAAUAUAAUAUUGGAUUAUAGACAACGAGUGGAGAAUCGAAAACUGGAAUUAGAGAGAAUAGAAAGAAUGAUUUUCCCCGCACCCAGAAUAGCUCCGAGAGAUGAUUUUGAAGUAAUUGAGAAACCUACUGAACUCAGUGAAGAUGGGUCUGUUGAAACACCUAAAGAUGAAAUGACAUUUCUUGAAGAGUCAUUUGCUAAGCUUAGGGGUGCAACAGGUGUUACGAAAACGGAGGAAGUUUUAGACCGAUUUUUAAGUCAAAAGUCUACAAAAGAUAAACUACAGAAAAUGCGAACUAAUAUGGAAGAAGAAAAAAUGAAUUUGGAAAAACGAAGACAACAACUGACCGGAGAGAUUGAAUUACAGAAAUUUUCUGAGACCAAAGAUGCUGAUCAAAAUGCUGAAAAAUUAGCCCAAUUAAAUGCACGAAUAAAAGAAGAAGAAGACCGACAAAAUAGAGCUAAUGUGGAUAUUCAAAGGAUUGAAGAUGUGAUUAAUGAAGUUUCUAGGACUCUUUGGAAAUUUUGCGACAAACUGCAGGAUGUUAGCGAAACUCCAGUGCCACCCGAGCCUAAUGGAGAUCCAUUUGAACUCUUGGAACUUUUAGAAGAGAAAAUGAAGGCAGCCAUUAGCAUGUUAGGCGGGCCAGACCAAUAUGCUAAAUGGAUUGAAGAAAUUACUACCGAUAAGUUUAGUACCUUAUCCGUGAGUUCAGAUGCUGGAGAGAAGAAGCAAGAUAUCGAUGAACGCCCACUUUUUCCUAGGUUUCCUGGUACGCCAACUCCUGCGGCUCCACCUGUUCCUUCUGAUGACGAAGAAGAAGUUCCAACUAGAAGUGUGCUUAAAAGACAAGCUCAGCUUCUUAUUGACACUAAAAGUCGUCGAAAAGGUUUUAAUUUUAGACGAUAA